CCCAGCCCUGUCACAUUGCGGCUGGAGUUUACAUUCACCCAGGCUGCUCUUUUGACUUCUGAAUUUUUCUCAUAACCUCCUGUUUUGUGUUGCAUGCCCAUUUUCACACCCCUGAGCUGGAAAAGAGGCCAGUAUAAAUACCAGGGGCUGACGGGGAGAAAAAGGGAGAGAGAGAAAGUGGAGGGCAGAGAAUCACUACCCACACAAGUUCGAGGACAAUGUGGCUGUCCUUGCUGGUUUGCCAGUUUGGCCUGGUCCUCUUCAGUGAGGCUCAGAAUCCUUGCUUUUCACACUCAACAUUCAGGGAGCCAGCCAACUCUGACAUCUCAGUGAUAUGUGGGACAAGGACAAUGGAGCUGACCAUCCUGUUGUGCCCCAUCUACUAUGGUGGAUACAACGAGUCAUUGAUGUCCCUCAAUGCGCAAUAUUACAGACCAGAGUGCUACGGGAUACCUGAUUGGUCAGCGGAUCCGCCUGUCUUAAAAUUCAAUUUCUCCAUAACCGAAGAAGCCAUUUCCACCUGUUCGAAUAAGCUCAAGAUCAGUCAAGAAGUCGGUUCGGGACUCUUCUCCGAUUAUUCCAGCGUCCAGUUUGUCAACGUCUCAGGAAUCAUAAACUCCCUGGACCCGAGUGCUGGCACCAUAACCUACCGACAAGAGAUGAUGUACAUUUUCUCCUGUCGAUAUCCACUGCAAUACCUGAUCAACAACACUGAGAUAACCGUAUCUGGGGUGAGCCUAGCUGUAAGGGACAAUAACGGGAGUUUCAUUAGCACACUUAGCAUGCAGCUGUAUGAGGAUUCGUCUUACACUACGCACCUCAAAAUACCGGAAAGCGGCCUUAAACUGAAAAAGAGAAUCUUUGUGGAAGUCAAGGCCACGAAUCUCACCGAAAGGUUCAAUGUCCUCCUGGACCGAUGCUACGCCACAACCAGCCCUUUUCCCAUUAACAGCUCUUACUAUGACCUCUUUGUUGGAUGCAACCGUGACGGCCAGACCGUGAUCACGUCUAAUGGCCAAACCCAGACGGCUCGCUUCUCGUUUGAAGCUUUCCGCUUUGUGGAGCACAAAAACAUGACCGUCUCCAUCUUCUACCUGCACUGUGCUACCAGGCUCUGCGAGACGUCUGUCUGCAGCUCUGUCCUGCCGAAUUGUUCAGCCAAUGCUAGGGCAAAGCGAGAUCUGCAGUCUCAGGCUCAAAGUACCACCGUAAGCGAAGUAGCCACAGUUACCUCUGGUCCGAUCAUCACCAGAGUGGACAGUGGUGGACCUCCAGGUCAAGAUACUCAAGUCGCAGAGGAAUCGUACCGGGACAGCCCAGUGUUCAGCGCGGCCGUGGCGGCGGGCGUGGUGGGCGUGCUCUGCAUCGCGAUGGUGGCGUUCACGGUGCUGCGGAUCCACUCUUCGAAGCGUCAGAGUAAAGAGAAGGCGCUGUGGGAGGGCGCAAAGGGCAGCGAGUAGGGGCAGGGCCGGUGAAACGAAACGUGCCCCUCUCCUAUUUACGGAGAAAUACAACAUGCACUAUAUACCACUGCAUGACGGGGAUCAUUUAUUUUUAUUUUUUUUCCUGUUUAAAAGCAUUCAUUGUCUGGUGGCAUUAUCGAAAGAACUAUCUACAUAUACUUAGUAUACUUUAUAAUGGAAAUCUAUAGGUCAUCAUGUUGAAAACCAUAAAAAAAAGCUUUAAAAGUACAGGAAAUUAUAUGGACCAAUCCUGUUAAUAACCAAAAUAGGAUUUCUGGCAAUAAGUGUUUUAGACAGCAACGUGUUUCUGAUUGGGGGUCUUACUGGGACUGUUUUCAGGGCUUUAUUCAGACAGCAUUGCUUCCCUGAAUAUUUCCAUCAUUAAAAAUGGUGUUUAAAAUAUCUACAUGGAUGCAGGCAUGCUAACUAAAUAAAAUUUUAAUUUUAAUAUAAAGUGUGAGUGGAAAAUCGUUUUUGGAAAUUUUAUUCCUUGUCAAUUUUUCCAAAUGUAUGAUUUUGAGCAGACUGGGCCAUGGUAAGUGGAAGACAAACAGGUUUGCAUUUCUCUCUUUUGUGGGGACCAUCCAUUGUGGGGACCACUUCUAUUGGCUUAACCCCUAAUCCUAAGUAUGGUGACUCUCACCCCUACCCAGCCCUAACCUUACCCAUAAGUAACCAAACAAAAUAUGACUUAAAGCAUUUGUAGUUUUUUGAUUUCCGUCACAGAUCUUUAUAAAAUUAAGGUCAAACUUGUGGGAACUGGAAAAAUGUCCCCCAAGAAAAAAGGUACAGAUCUUUAAUCAAAUUGUGUGGGAAUCCUGUCUGCACAACCUAAUAAUUACCCAAAAUGCACACACGCACACUCAUAUACACACACACACACACACACACUCUUCUGUCCUGACAGCUGACUUGUACCACCUAAAAUCAGCCCAAUUACUACUUGUAAUAAAACUUACACAUCCCUCCUGGACUUACAGUACAACGAAUGACUUACAAAACAUGCCUUUGAAUGACUGGUGACAUUCAGUGCAAAUUUCCCUGUUCCUCUGGUCAUGCCAUGUUAAUAUGGGGUCAUGGCAUUCAGUGGUGGGUGGGACACAAAUCCAAUCAGCCAUCUAUGGCAGAUGGGUGACUGUGUGGUACAUGGCUGUAGUCGUUAUGAAACAACUAAAAAAAAGACAGACCUAAAAAAAAAAAAAAUUUAUUAACACUUUAGAAACAAAAACACAGGACAGAAACCAGCAGCAAGCUUUUUGAAAAGACUAUUUCCCCCGCCCCCCCCCCAGCAGCACGUGGUAGCGAGAGGACCUGUCCGUAUGGUCGGAAGCCAGUGCAGUCAGAUUCAGGAGUUAUACGGCAUACCACAGACAACCCGAAAAACAGCACUAAAAAAUAAAAAAAGUGACAGAGCU